AUCAUGGCAAAAGGAAAUUUGUCCUGACCCUGGCGCUGCAGUCCACCGUCCACGCUUCCAAAGCACAUGCAUCAGGGCCUCCAUUGCCUUGUAAAAGUCUGCCUUCCAAUUUCCAAACCCUAAUAUGCAGAGUCAAUGUACCUGGACCCAACCCAGAAUGCCUACACCACUCUGCUUUAAAUCCUCUACUUUAUUAACCUUUUCAAUUUCAAAGCAUUUGCACACCAAAUCCUUUGAUUCCCUUGCCUCUCGAAAGGGAAUCUCCUAUUACCCUUUCCUCAUGGCCACCUUAUCGACUCCUUCCACCACCGAGAAAGAUGCCGUUUCCUUUCAGAGCGAGUCGACCCAGAAGACCCAGCAGCCAUUACAGGUGGCAAAACGCUUGGAGAGGUUCAAAACUACAAUCUUCACGCAAAUGAGUUCACUUGCAAUCAAACAUGGGGCAAUAAAUCUUGGUCAAGGGUUUCCUAACUUUGAUGGUCCAGAGUUUGUUAAAGAAGCAGCUAUUCAGGCCAUAAGGGAUGGAAAAAAUCAAUAUGCUCGUGGUUAUGGGGUUCCAGAGUUCAACUCUGCAAUUGCUGGCCGGUUCAAGAAAGAUACUGGGCUUGUGGUGGACCCUGAAAAAGAAGUUACCGUUACCUCUGGGUGCACAGAAGCCAUUGCUGCAACUAUGCUAGGCUUGAUAAAUCCUGGUGAUGAAGUGAUCCUAUUUGCUCCUUUCUAUGAUUCUUAUGAAGCCACACUGUCUAUGGCCGGUGCCAAAAUAAAAUGCAUUACUUUGCGACCGCCAGAUUUUGCUGUUCCCAUCAAUGAGCUUACGUCCGCCAUAUCAAAGAAUACUCGUGCAAUUCUUAUCAACACACCACAUAACCCCACUGGGAAGAUGUUUACUAGGGAUGAACUCAACACUAUUGCAUCACUUUGUAUUGAGAAUGAUGUUCUGGUCUUUACAGAUGAAGUUUAUGAUAAAUUGGCCUUUGAAAUGGAUCACAUAUCUAUGGCCUCUCUUCCUGGAAUGUAUGAGCGGACAGUAACUAUGAAUUCCUUAGGGAAGACAUUCUCCUUAACAGGGUGGAAGAUUGGCUGGGCAAUUGCUCCUCCACACCUGACAUGGGGAGUGCGGCAGGCACACGCCUUCCUAACUUUUGCUACCUCCACUCCAAUGCAAUGGGCGGCUUCAGUGGCCCUUAGAGCCCCAGAUUCUUACUAUGUAGAGCUAAAAAGGGACUAUAUGGCAAAGAAGGCAAUUUUAGUGGAGGGAUUGAAGGCUGUUGGUUUCAAAGUAUUCCCAUCAAGUGGGACUUACUUUGUUGUUGUUGAUCACACCCCUUUCGGCCUAGAAAAUGAUAUUGCAUUUUGUGAGUAUUUGAUCAAGGAAGUUGGAGUGGUAGCAAUCCCAACCAGUGUAUUUUAUUUGAACCCAGAAGAUGGUAAGAAUUUGGUGAGAUUCACCUUCUGCAAAGAUGAGGAAACUCUGAGGACUGCAGUUGAGAGGAUGAAAGAGAAGCUGAAGAGAAAUUGAUCCUGUUUAUGUGGGUCUAGUUCUCCAAACUCAGACAUAUCAUGGGGUGAAAUAUUGGUGUUUGUAAUGUUAAUCAUUCCCUUAUGAAGGUAAGUAGUAUCGUUCUGUGAUAACUUGGAGGCUAUAAACUAGUGAAUUUACAGCAUUUGUUGGAAUAAACAGAUUAACCAUACUUUUGAAAAAGACAUGUCUUGGUCAAUACCUCCUAGUUUACGAAAAUCAGUUAAUUUGACCUUUGGUAA